ACCGGGGUGUGAAGCUGGGCUGUCUCUGCCCAGACAGAGGUGUGGCUGAGCCUCCAGCCAGCGAUGGUAGAAGAAGCGCCUGCCACCGACGCCGCCUGGGCCUCAAGUGGCAGAGGAGCACCCCGAGCUGCGGCCCUGCUCCUUCGAGGGGGUGCCACCCCGCCGGGAGAAGGUUGCGUUCUCGCCGUCCGGCCGGAAGAACCUCUCGCCAGCGGCGCUUCAGCCUUGUCUGGACUGGGCUCCGCUUUGCUCGUGCCCGUCCGGCGCGCUGCUGCGGCCAGGCACCGCUUCCGUGCACCCUCGGCCUCCCCUGCGGAAGACGAACGUGAGCUGGGCCCGUGUGUCACUGGCACACGGAUGGCGAUGCACUGCUUGGGGUGCGACCACCGCUACAGACUUGUGAGGCUUAAUUCAUCUCUUCGCCCUCGGAGGCAGAAGUCCCCAUGGAUUUAGCAGGAAGGUGGUCCCUCCGAGCCCCACAGAGUUAUUCUCCAAGAGACAUGCAAGCAAUUGCGCCACGUGCUGGUUUUUUCCCCCAAGAAAAGGCACAGUGGAAACUUGAUGGUUAUGACACCAACAAUAACAACGAUGUCCCGCUGUUUUCUCUCCUCCCAGACUUAGAAGUAUCUGGUCGUGCCCUGUUUUUCACUCCGUUGUUUGCUUUAAUAGGAAUUUUACAGGAUUGGGAUUUGGAGGUAUACAGGUACAGGCACUGCAGCAAUCAAAUGCUUCUGGGGAUAAAAGCUUUUAUCCAAACAAGUUACAACUUGCAACUGUUUGCAGGGACAAAUCCCAGGAGCUUGUUCUUUUGUGGAAAGAGCAGCACCACUGAAAAAAAUAUGGAUUACCAACCAAUUUCGCAGAGAGAUGCUGAGUCUGCCGGGGAAGACCAGGGCGAAGCGUCAGAUCUGGAGGACGGCCGAGGAUCGGAGCUGAGGCUCAUCCUCGUCGGGAAGAGCGGAGGUGGCAAGAGCGCUACGGGGAACACCCUCCUGGGCCGCGCGGAGUUCGACUCCAGGCUCCAGGCGACGGCCACCACGCGGCAGUGCCAGAAGGCGCAGGGAAGCUGGAACAGCCGGUGCGUCUCGGUGGUCGACACAUCGGAUAUCCUGGACUCCAAGGCCUCCGUCGAGGCGCAGAUCCGGCGCUGCGUGGAGCUCUCCCGGCCCGGCCCCCACGCGCUGCUGUUCGUGACCCAGGUGGGCCGCUUCACCGCCGAAGACAGGGAGGCGGCACGGCGAGUCCAGAAGGUGUUUGGAACUGAGGCCAGGAGACACAUGAUCAUCUUGUUCACCCGCAAAGAAGAUCUGGGAGGGAUGUCCCUGGAGGAUUACGUGGAGCAGUCACAGAACGAGGCUCUCCAGCAGCUGGUUGCGGGAUGCGGGAAUCGCGUCUGCGCGUUCAACAACCGGGCCGUGGGAGCGGAGCGGGAGCAGCAGGUCUCGCAGCUGCUGGGGAUGGUGCAGGGGCUGGUCCGGGAGAACGGAGGCGGCCAUUACAGCGGCCAGAUGUAUGCAGAGUCCAGGAUAACCCGUGCGAAGUGCAGUUCUUUCCCGGGAGAAAACAGAUGGGCUGGACAACGGGCAAGGCAAAGGAAGAUGUUGGGAUGUUCCUUGAAGGUUGCAACUGCUGUUUGUGGCUGCAGCUUGGUGGCUUUCCUGUUGUGGAAGCUGGUUUCUCUCAUUGGAGCAAGCUUGUAGCCGCGGUUUCCAGCCCUUUGUUUUUGCAUCAGUUCAGUGCCCCCCCACUGCCCUCCCCCCAGCUGCAGAGUUUGUGCUGGCCCCUCCAGCAGGGCCAGAGGACAGGCCAGUGGAAGGCAUGAUGGCAAGGACUUGCAAGGGGACCCUGGGCUGGGGAAAGGGCCCGGGCCACCCCUCAUUCCCAGCGCAACGAGCCCUGUGAGCUGGGGAAGCGAGCUUCUCCCCGUCCGGUGCAUGAGGGAAGGCCGCAGCAGGGCGCCCUCCUGGCUCAGCAGCGCCCACCGCCACCUCCCUCUCUCCUGCGGCACCGUCCGCUCGGGCUCUCGGGGCCCUUCCUCCCUGGGCGUGCGAGCCAGCCUCUGGGGGGCCUCGCCAGCGUCCAGCGUCCAGCGUCCGUCGGCUGACUUGCGUGGCUGAGCGAUGCUCUCGAGGGACCUCCGCUUGCAUCUUGCCCUGGCAUUCCGGGGGGCUGCCACAUUUUAACGCAUAUCGCGCCGCACACCCCACAUGACGCAGGGUGCCUGCGCAGGUCCACCCAUCCCUUUCGUGCUUGCGGAUGGCUGUGCGUGGAACGACCACACGUUUCGGCAUGUCCCGGCCCUGCCCAUUCUCAGGACCUACCCAUCAUCGAAACCAACCUCCGCAUCAGCAGCUGUGGGUAAUCUGGGGCUUCCAUGACCAGAAACCGCCCCGUUGUGCCCCUGCUCAGAUUCCUGGGGCAGGCGGAGUCAGGCUGUGGCCUGAGGGCACCGCGACCUUGCCGCUUGGAUGUGCGCCUGGCGC